AUCACAGACGCGACUAAACACGUUUUAACAGCUUGUAUAUACCUGGGUUUAAUUACUUGUUCGGCUACAUCAAAAUGGUUACUUUGUUCUUUUUUUUCUUCCAUUGACUAGAAAGUGGCGAUAAAGGGCGGCUAUGCGGAAGCACCAACCUUAGCCACAGGGAGGGGAAGGAAAAAAAAAAGUUCCUGUUAGCUUAGCGUGCUAGCAAUGGUUGUACUUCAAAGAUUUGUCGCUGCCAUUGAACUGGAUACUGAAAGUAGGAUCAUUGAGGCGGUGUUUAAUCCCUUCAGGCACAUCAAGGACACGCUUCAAAGUGCCGUGAAAGAGGGGCGUGCUAGUCGUCCACGAAGCUAGGCUAACGUGACAGCCGCGGAGCUGGCAGGUGUAAAUAUCAACGAUGGAGAGCUCCAGCAGCAGCAGCAAGCCGAUGAUGGUGACAUCCUCACUUAACUUUACGGUCACCACGCCGUCUUUCUACAACCAGCCCAAGAAGUUUGCAUCGGUGGCCCCUCCGCGGCCCAAAAGUCUGACACCACCUUCGGCUCCGUCACCGACACCAAUGUCUGUGGGCACAGGCGUGAUUGGACGAGUGGGUGAAGUGCCCCCAGCACCCUCCUUGCUGUGUUACGAUUUCCCACCUCCUCCUCCUCCUCCUCCUCCUCCGAUGGAUGACGAUUUGCCAGCCCCUCCCCCCGAAUGUCAGAUCACGCCUCCGGCCUCUGACGCCCCGGCUCCAGCCUUCCCGGCUCCGCCACCGGUCGACGAGGAACUUCCCCUGCCACCAGCCCCCGAAGAAAGCGCUCGGUUGCCCAGCUUUGCCUCGCCCCCUCCUCCGCCACCUGCGCCUCCCCUCCACGCCACUGGUACUAGUUUUCCCAGUGCAGUUGGGCAUCCACUGAGGGCCGUGCAGAAGCAAACAAGCUUCGAUAAGCAAAUCGACUCUCUGACCGACUUGCUUUCCGAAAUGGAAUCGCGGGGGCCCUUCAACCCUAAGUUGCCAAGCCAGUAUUCCACAGCGACAUCACCCAAACCAGCUGGUCCCCCGCCAACAGCCCCCAAACCAACGCUCUCAUUCCUCCCACCUCCUGAGAUGGGAGACCGCCCCCCUCCUGCACCGUGGGCAGAGGAGCUCAAAGCCCGCACCAGCCGACAGGCCAAUCACAACUCGCCACCAGCAGCAGCCCCAAAAUCCCCAUUUGGAGCGAGAACAGCCACUUCCUCAUCGUCGUUGGCAAAAAAACUCAACCAGAACCUGAACCAGUCGCCAUAUUCAGCCAGUGGUCAGCCAAAACCUUUCCUUGCAUCAGCCACAAGCACUUUGCCACCACCUCCAGCUGCUCCCCCUGCACCUCCUUCUCCUUCAAACAACAUGGCUACCAACAAUCACAUGAGGAGUCCUCCAUUUGUCAAUCAGGGAAACGUGAACCAAAGCCCACCUGCUGCCGUGCAACCUCCCCAACCUAAGACCAUGACAUCUCCUCCACCCGCCUCCUCUUUCAGUCAACCAAGGAAAUCUCCUCCUGCAUCCAUGCCAUCACCUCCUGGUCCAGUCUUAACUUCUGUUGGAGGUGUGCCCCUCAACAUGAGAGAGGUGGAAGAACUUGAGAAAAUGACCAAGGACUUUAUCAAAAACAUGGAUGCUCACCCACCUGUUGGCCCGGCCCCCCUUACUGAGCUUUGUGGCAAGUGUGGCGAGGCACUGUCCCGUACUCAGCCAGCAGUGAGGGCCAUGGAGAAACUCUUCCACUCCAACUGUUUCUGUUGCAUGACUUGCCAUCGCCCUCUGCAGGGCAUGCAGUUCUAUGAGAGGGAUGGUGCGCCACAGUGCGAGGACUGCUACACGAGUUCCCUGGCAGUUUGUUCCCGAUGCGGGGAGAGGAUUACGGACCGUGUGCUGAAGGCGGUGGGUCAGUGUUUCCAUUCCCAUUGUUUCCGCUGCAUCACCUGCUCCUGCAUACUGGAGGGGGCGCCAUUCAUCACCGACGACAACAACAACGCAUACUGCGUCCAGGAUUACCACAGGCGUUUCUCCCCUCUGUGUGUCAGCUGCAAUGAGCCCAUUAUUCCAGCGCCAGGCAGCGAGGAGACAGUCCGAGUUGUGGCUCUCGACAAGAACUUUCACCUGAAGUGUUACCGCUGUGAAGACUGCGCUCGCCCCCUCUCCAUAGAAGCGGAUGAAAACGGCUGCUACCCACUGGAUGGUCGCAUCCUGUGUAUGAAGUGCCACUCCAAGCGAGCCAAGCAGGCAGCCUAGUAAAUCUUUUGUGUCCCUCGCGAUCCCUCUCCCUAACAUUUAAUCCCAAAACAAAUCCAAAAGCACAGAUUCCAUUCAGCAAUUGGCCUUUGCGAAACAAACAGGGCUUUUCUUUUCAGUCUUGCUGCGCAGGUGUAAAUGUGCUACGUCAAAACGAUGUCUGCAUGCAGGGUCGAUGUCUUUGUCUUUUUGUCGGAUCCAUGUUUAAUGCAGAGGUAAUGUUCUGCACCCUUCAAAAAACCAUGUCGUCGUCGUAUGUUUACGCUAAAAUGCUCCGCAUAUCUUGCACAGUUGGAUCCAAGAGAAGCAACUUGGAAGUGUUAACACUUUACCUGCAGCUCUCGUAGCCUAUCAGCAUUACAUACAGAUGUCUUCUGUUUGUUCACUACUACCAAAUAGGAGCGAAGUUAAGUGUUGUGUGCAUGCUGUAUGGCCGCUCAAACUGGGAACAAAGAGCCGAGCAAAGCUUUACCAGCACAGAUCCCGCUAUUAUGUAGCUAAUAUGUCACCAGCAUGGCUCUAAGCAGGACCUAUUAUGUGAUUAAAGUUUUAUUUUAGAUUCUCUAAAGCUGCAUUCUGAUGCUUUCAAUUAGAAACCUUUUGCUUUUCUUCAUAACGAAAUACAUACCACUAGCUUGAAGGCUUUUUAGGUAAUUGAUGUUUAAAGCCGCUGUAUGUUGUCUGCUCAGAAUUACUUUUUUUUUAAUACAACGGCUAGCAGGUUUAAUAAAACAGAUUGAACAGAUAAAUGUCUAUAUUUUAAACUUUGUAAAAACAAUUGCUGUUAAGGACUGACAAAAAGACUUGCAAAUGCCAGUUGCAUGUGCGCAUAAAUAAACAAGACUGAUGUUCAGGAAUAAAAGGAAUUUAAAAACGGAUGCAAUGGUGGUGCAUUAGUGGGGUGUAGUGUACGUGGUUAGAUCAUGCAAAAAGAGGGCAUGGUUGCUGCUCGAUGAAACACUAGCGCUCUCUAGGCAGCCACCUAUCUGUGACAUACAGCAGCUUUAAGCACAGUGAACAAAAUAUAGAAAAACUGUUUUAAUGGAACAUUUUUUUGCAUCAUGUAUUCAUUUUUGAGCCCAGUAUUUUGACUUCAAUAUCAAUGAAAGGUUAAAAUUCUAUACUGCAAUUUCUUCCCAUUAUUCACUUUUUCUACUUAAAUCAGCUGUGGAUUACGUUAUCUUAUUGUAUUGUGCUGUAUUUAGUUAGUUAUGUCUUCAUUCCUAUCCUGGCAACAUGCCUUCACUAUUGUAUCCCACCCAGCGGGGAUUACGACCAUAGAAAGCCAUUCCUCAGUAAAUUUGUAUUGAGUCAGUCUGCUGCAAAAAAAAACACAACAAUAGUGACUCAGCAUUGCAUGCUCGCUGCGUACUGUAUUAUACUGUAUGUCUCCUGCACCAACAACUUAAAAAUGCCUUUGCCAUCCCUGUGACGUUGCCUUGUUCUUUUUUUGUAUAACUUUUUAUAUAAACUCCUGUUUGAUACUGUAUGUGUGAAUGUAUACAUGUUUAAAACAAAACAUUUAGCCCCAAUUUUUUUGGUUGCAACAAAAUCAAUAAAUGCCUAAAUGCUU